UCCGGAGGCGCGCCCGCGUUUUCUGUUUAGCGGCUUCGGUUGGCUACAGUUUUUUUCUGGGCCUAAAAGUUCCAGAAUCCAGAAGUUCCGUUUAGGGAUGUGUGAGGAUGGUGGGUGUGGACCCCUCUAGUCCUGAUUCUUGGCUCGGGGGAUGGUGAAAAGCCGAGGGACGGGUGAGGUGCCUCUGGAGCCCUCCCUCAGCCAUGAAAAGAAUUUUCUGCUUCCGGAGGAGGAAGAGCGAUCCGUCGCCGAGCGCCGGCAGCCCGCGCAGGGCGGCGGGUCGCGGUACCUCCUCCGGGACCCGGACCUCGGCAAGAUCCACAGGGCCGCCAGCCGCGGCAAAGUGGCCAAAGUGCAGCACAUCCUUCUGUUCGGAAAAAGCCGUGGGAAUGAUAAGGACAAAAUGAACAGGACUGCUCUGCCUCUGGCCUGUUCCAAUGGCCAUGCAGAAGUGGCAACUCUCCUGGUAGAGAGAAAGUGCCAGCUGAACCUGUGUGACAGUGAAAAUAGGAUGGUUCUGAAGAAGGCUGUACAAUGCCAGGAAGAGGAAUGUGCAACCAUCCUGCUAGAACAUGGUGCUGACCCAGAUAUUACGGAUGCCAGUGGCAACACCGCUCUCCACUAUGCUGUCUGUGCUCAGCAGAUACCAAUAGCAGCCAAACUGCUCUCACACAAGGCAAACAUUGAGGCAAGAAACAAAGCAGAGAUCUACCAGCUUCAUUUACAAAAUAUUUGAAAUAAAUUUCUUUUAAUAUUGACAUAAA